UAUCUAUGAGUUGUUUCACAUUCGUAGGAGAUUGGUACCCAUUAGGCAAAUUCAAUCUUUAGUUAAUACACGCUUAAGGGAACCAUAGAGAAUGCAGGCCGAGCUGAUACACUGUAAAAACACGGACAUGACGACAUCACGGCAGGAGUUGGUUCAAAUUGAUACGAGAGAUAACGACAGUGUCCAUCAAUCACGGUUAAAACGUGAAUGUAGCGGUUCGCGCGAGACUAUUCACUCCGGACAUUUCAUGGUGUCGGAUUUCGAGGCCGAAGCCCAGGAUGAUGAGGAUGAGCUUGCGGUGCCCGUACCCGACGAUGAAAUAGCCCGUCUAGCCAUUAUUGGUCCCAUUGACUUCUCCUUUGAACGUUUUGUCACAAGUUCAGCCCUCGAGAACUCCCAGCAACUCAGCAUUGAAACAUCACUCAACAAGCUUUUCCAGUGUAUGUCGCUGGCCUACAGACAGAAGUUGACAUCGCCUAAAUGGAACCGCUUUAAAGGGAUCCGGUUGAGAUGGAAGGAUAAAAUACGACUAAACAACGUCAUCUGGAGAUGCUGGCACAUGCAAUUUAUACUGAAGCAAAACACAUUAGUGUGUCAAUUCGCAUCUCCGCUUGAUGUAGACACGCAUAACAAACCUGAGGCAGUUGUUUUGGAAGGUAAAUAUUGGAAACGAAAACUCGCGGCUGUAACGGCUGAGUACAAGAAAUGGCGUAUGUUUUACCGAAACAAAAUCCUUGGCUGGACAAACAAAGAUGGAAACAAUUUGCUGGAGUCUAUGGAUACAUUGGAAUGGGGUGGAGACAUUGGAAGUUCGGACAUGUACGGGAUAGGUGUGGAAAGCUCAUGCAAUGGCGUAAGUGUCAUACCAAGUGGCGAUGGUGUACACAAUAUGAUGGUUGAUGAAGAUUAUAUGGAACUCAUGACCGACACACUUUUUUCCACAAUCAGCUGCAAUCAGCCGUUAUAUUUUCCCGAUCCCCGUGAAAUCGCUCGGGGAGCUAAUUUAGCCGAUUUUAUUCAACCUAGUUUAGGACCGUUACAACCGAACUUAGAAGAUUUUAUAGACACUCUAGAACCCUUUCAAGAAUUUUUAAGUUCGCGACUUCCACCAGUACCAGAAGAGGAUGUCUUUCAUAACGCUUCACUCAACAACUACCCGGAGCUUGAUCUUAUUGUACCGUUGAAUGAAAUGAAUAACAUGACCGAAACGUCGAUUAUGCCUGUUAUUCCUAACACUCACCCCGUACACAUGAACGAUCAGACAACAACUCUGCAAAAUCAUCAAUAUGCUGGCAAAAUCUUCACGGAACCAGAGCAAGAUACCAUAGGUGUGUUCAGAAACAACGUCGAAGUAAGUGAAAACUUCAAUAUUCUCAACCAGCAAAAUCACGAGCAGCAAAUACAAAUUAUCCGGCCAAUCAGGGAAAAACAAAUGCAUCAAAGUAGAUCCUCCUUACGUUCAUCUCGAAUAGCUUCACAGCAACAACAGCAACAACAAACUUACCAAACAAAUGCAACGCAACAACAGACGCAACAUUCACCUUAUCAAGUAUCGCAAGAUUAUACAAUGGAUAUUCAAACGAAUACAUCCGAGCAAUUGCAACUUGUUAUACCCAACUCGUCAAAUCAGCAUGUUCAAACAUUGAUCGCACAUCAACAACAGCAGCAACAAGAAGAACAGCAACAACAACAGCAGCUCUCUCAGCAAACUCAAAAGCAAAUUCAAUCGAUCAUAUCAACGAAGCCAUAUAUUAACAUUGCAAAUCAGAGUUAUAAAUUUCCAUCACCGAUGUCGACUUUCGAUACUCAACAAUGCAAGUUUACCAGUAAUAAUAUUAAGACAUUACCGGACCAGUCGGUGCUCGCAGUCACGAACCAGCAACCGCUACAGCCACAAGUGGUGUCAUGUAAGACUGCAGAGAUUGACCUCGCGGCACCAGCCCUCCAUCCGACGAAGUUGCGGCCGCGAUUCAGUACGGCUCCCAUUCCCGCAGCUACCGCGUCAUCCGUCAACAAUAAGGAGGAGAUCUUUGCCGUACCAAAAUAUCAAAUGAAACUAAGAAAUAGAUCUCGGAGUAGUUCAUCGGUGUUAGCGCCCAGAAUGCACCCACCCUCAUUAAUCUCCGCUAUAAGCGAUCCGGCCCUGAAUCUGAACAGCAAUGUUCUUCUAGCUAAUUUACUCAAAAAUAGCACAUCAAAUUUGUAUACAAUGAACUCGAGAUCCGAAAAAAUCGUUACACAGCCAGUUGUAAGCGUUAAGCACAUUUUGCCAAUGCUUCCAUCAACGCAAUUGCCUGGAUUACAGAUGACUAAUACCACUCAUCACAUUACCGCACCCGUGACAGUGCAAACAAUACAUACAACGGCCAACGUACAAAAUCGGGUGCAGCAACAGCAAGCGAGCUCGAAUCAACAAAUACUCCUUCAGACGGAAAGCAAGCAAGUCAAAAAUAAUGCCCCUAACUCGCCUAAAGAUAGCUCAAACACCUACAGCUCUUCAGGCCAUAGCCUUAGUCCUCUACACAGCCCCAUGAGCAUUGGUGGUCCUCUGUCUCCAAAUCGCAGUUAUAUGAAGAUUGAGCCAGAACGCGGUCAAUACAAAGAGCAGCGUAGAGUCGGACACAUACAUGCGGAACAAAAGCGACGUUACAACAUAAAAAAUGGCUUUGACAUGCUCUAUAGCUUAAUACCACAGCUGAGCCAGAGCCCCAAUACAAAAAUGAGUAAGGCAGCAAUGCUACAAAAGGGUGCUGACUAUAUCCGCCUAUUACGCUCUGAGCGACUCCAAUUGAAGGAUGAGAUGGAUAAACUACGCUCCCAAGUCGACUCUCUUAAUACGGCUAUAAAUAACUGCCAAGCGAUGUUACCUGCCACUGGAGCUCCAAUUUCAAGACAAAGAACAAAUAAAAUGAAGGAAAUGUUCGACGAAUAUGUUAGAUUGCGAACAAGAGAUAACUGGAAAUUUUGGAUUUUUAGUAUAUUGUUGGAACCUUUAAUGGUAUCUUUCAAUACUUCUGUAUCUACAUCAAGUAUAGAAGACUUAUAUAGAACAACAAUACUGUGGGUUGAACAGCAUUGUUCAUUGGUUGAUCUCAGGCCAGCUGUUCUCAAUUCAUUAAGGUAUUUAUGUACAGCCACUGAUAUUCUUAAUGAUCCAUCUCGUUUACCAGAGGAAGCCCUUUCAGCUAUAAAUCAAAAGGAACGCCGAAAGUCAAUGCAAUAAUUGAUUUCAAUCAAUGUGUACAUUACAUUAUAAAAUAAGCAAUUAUUUUUUGGGUG